AUGUCCACAAAGCAUAAGAAGAACGACGACGACGAAUUAGCUGAUUUUGAUGAAGACUUGCAAACAAAACCAACAACAGCCUCUGCUGGUGAUAAAAAAGCCGCUAAUAGCAAGGGAUACUCAUCAGUCAACAGCUCUGGCUUCAGAGAUUUUGUUUUGAAACCAGAAAUUUUGAAGGCCAUAGUUGAUUGUGGUUUUGAACAUCCUAGUGAAGUCCAACACGAAUGUAUUCCUCAAGCUAUGAUUGGAAGUGAUGUACUUUGCCAAGCUAAAUCUGGUAUGGGAAAGACAGCUGUCUUUGUCAUUUCUGUUCUUCAACAACUCGAAACUAUCGAACCAAAAACAAUGUGUGUCAUUCUUUGCCAUGCCAGAGAAUUGGCUUAUCAAAUUUGUCAAGAAUUUAACAGAUUCUCUAAAUAUCUUCCAGAUGUUAGAGUAAAAUCUUUUAUUGGAGGUAUCAAUAUUAAGACUCACAUCGAACAAUUGAAGAGUGAAACUCCUCAUGUUGUUGUUGGUACUCCAGGUAGAGUUUUACAAUUGGCCAAAGAUGGUCACUUGAAGCUCGGUAAUGUUAAAUAUUUUAUUGUUGACGAAUGCGACAAGGUUUUAGAGUCAGAAGAAAUGAGAUCCGAUAUGCAAGAGAUCUUUAAAAAGACUCCAAAGACCAAGCAAGUCAUGAUGUUCAGUGCCACCCUCUCCACAGAAAUGCGUUUGACUGCCAAGAAGUUCAUGAAUCCAAGUUCACUCAUGGAAGUUAAGGUUGACAGUGACUCUAAGCUUACACUUCACGGUCUUCAACAAUACUUCAUUUUGCUUAAGGAAGAAGAAAAGAAUGGAAAGUUGUUGAGCUGGCUAGAUGCAUUGGAAUUCAAUCAGGUUGUUAUCUUUGUUAGAACUAAGAAUAGAGCAGAAAAGCUAAAGGAUAUCUUAGAAAAGAAUGGAUUCCCUUGCUUGACAAUGCACUCUGAUAUGUCUCAAGACGAAAGACUCAAACAAUAUCAAUCAUUCAAGAAUUUCGAAAAGAGAAUUAUGAUUAGUACUGAUUUGCUAGGACGUGGUAUUGAUAUUCAACGUGUCAACAUUGUAUUCAAUUAUGAUAUGCCAGAUGAGCCAGACUCUUACUUGCAUAGAGUUGGUAGAGCUGGUAGAUUUGGUACCAAAGGUUUGGCCAUUUCAUUCAUUUCCUCAGAUAUGCCAUCCAAGAUUGGAUCCUAUGAAAGAACCAUCAAUGAUCAAGAAGUUUUAGAGAACAUUCAAAAGCGUUUUGAAGUGAAGAUCAAGGAAAUGCCAACCCAAAUUGAUGUUGGUACUUACAUGACAUCAUAAAUUGUUACCCUAGUUAAGACAAAUAAAUACAUGUUAUUUUAAUAGA